AUGGGCCUCAGCGUUCCAGGCCUGGUGGCCAGCGUGCUCUUCUACGCACUCAUCGUGGCCGUGGGCUUCUGGGGCGCCCGGCGGAGGCACGGAGGAGGGCCCAGUGCCAACCCUAGUGAGGACCUGAUGCUUGGAGGCCGCAGCGUGAGCCUCGUCGUCGGAGUGUUCACCGUCAUCGCCACUUGGGUGGACGGUGGUUUGCUUAGCGGCAUCGUAGAGGAGACUGCCGUACGAGGAGUCCUUUGGUGCCAGGCCCCAGUGGGCUUUGCUCUCAGCCUCGUCGUCGUCGGGGCCUUGUUCUCGGGCCCGAUGUGGCGCGCCCGUCACGUGACCAUGCUGGACCCCUUGGAGCAGGCGUUCGGGAGCCGGGUGACGGCGCUGCUUUUCCUGCCGGCUCUACUGGGAGAGGUCUUCUGGUGCGGCGCCAUCUUGAACGCACUAGGUGCCACGGUAAGCGUGAUCACGGGCCUCGGGCACGUGACCUGCGUGCUCGUCACCGCCUCAGUCGUGACGGUGUACACCUGCAUCGGGGGUCUGUACUCCAUCACGUACACCGACGUCCUACAGCUCCUACUCAUGUUCGUCGGCCUGUGGACGUGCGUUCCAUUCGCCCUGAGCAACAAGCACGUGAGGCCCCUGGGCAGCCUGCCGCCCGACCAGUGGCUCGGUACAGUGCUGCCGUGGCAGGUCCCCACCUACAUCGACAAUUUCCUCAUGAUCGUCUUCGGAGGCGCGCCUUGGCAGAACCUAUUCCAGAGGGUGCUUUCUGCAAAGACCGAGUUCCGGGCCAAGGCUCUUCCUUACGCCGGCUGCGUGGGUACCCUGGUGCUUUCGGUACCCGUUCUGCUCCUAGGACUCGUUGCCAGAGCUGCCAGAUGGCAAGACACGUCUUACAACAGCGCCAGUGGUAGCCCCGCGUCUCCUCUGGAUGACGAUUCCCAGUGGUCCCUGCUGCUGCCCUUGACGCUGCAGCAUCUCACUCCAGCAUCGGUGUCCUUCCUGGGGCAAGGGGCUGUGGCCGCAGCCGCCAUGUCUUCGGCAGACGCCUGCAUGCUCAGCAGCGGGGCACUCUUCACGAGGAACGUCUACGUGCCGCUGCUGAGGCCCAAGGCUUCCGAGGUCGAGAAAGUCUGGGUCCUGCGCACCUCCAUCGCAGUGACGGCAUUGAUGUCGUCCGCGGUGGCUGCCACGGUAGAUUCGGUGUACGGUCUUUCCAUCAUCAUAAGCGACCUGGUGUACGUGAUGCUGUUCCCUCAACUAUUGGUUGUCGUACACUUCCCGUCACUAUGCAACACAUACGGAUCUCUCGCGGCCUUCUUUGUCGGGCUGGGACUCCGGGCCGUCGGCGGCGAGCCCGUGCUGGGGAUCCCGGCGCUGUUCCGGUACCCGUACUUCGACGAGGCGACUCAGCGGCAGCUAUUCCCGCUCAAAACGGUUGCCAUGCUCGCCAGUCUCGCAACAUUGGUGGUCGUGUCGGCCGCCGCCAAGGCUACAUUCAGGGCGGGGCUCCUGUCUCCUAGAUACGACCUUUUGCAUUGCCAGUUCAUCGGGACAACUACAGUCAAAGCGGUACCCGGAGAAGAGACUGCUGACACCAAGGGAAAGACUCAAGUGAAUCCCGCUGAAUGCCGGAGCUUAACAGAAAACUCAAAAGUUGAAGCUUUCAGCAGCGUUUAG